AUGCGCCGCCAUGGAAGGGCCAGCGGGGGCCCGACCAAGGCCGUCUCGCCUUUGUCCGAUACCGUGUCGCUCAUCCAUUCGUUUGACUCUGUGCUCAACCCCAACCGACCCGCCCGGCCCUCUCCUCUAGCUUCUUCUCACAUCAAAGCUCUCCCGCUUGAGCUGGUUGAUCGUUUACGAUCUUUUCCGCUAUUUCAAGCGACACCCGAGUCAUUUUUGAUUGAGGUGGGCCAGCAUUUGCGGCCACAGCUUCAUGCGCCGAACGACUAUAUCCUGACCGAAGGGGACGAUGCACGGGCAAUAUAUUGGUUGGUGCGGGGUGCGGUCUCGGUGACCUCUCGCGAUGGUGAAAGCAUCUAUGCGGAGCUCAAACCGGGUGCUUUCUUCGGAGAAAUUGGCGUCUUGAUGGAUCGACCGCGUACCGCGACCAUCAUUGCUCGAACCAGGUGUAUGCUGGUCGUUCUGACCAAGGAAGACUUCCGGAAUAUUUUGCCACGAUUCCCCGAUGUGGAGCAAGCAAUCAGAGAAGAGGCGCAAGAGCGCUUAACGAUCCUGGAGAAGAAGAAGCAGGAGACCUCGGCGCCGACAUUGGAUAGACCAAGUCCCAGCCCCGUGCGAAGAGGCUCGAAACGACUAAGAGAGAGCAACUCCAAAGAUCUAGCCGCGGCUGAAGAAGACAUCAAUAUCAAUGCCAUUCAUAAGAAACGAAAAUCGCCGAGUCCCGGGCGCUGGGAUCCCUCCAGUGCGCUUGCGAAUGGCCUGGUCAACGUUCGUCUCUUGCUGAAAGAGCUUCCACUCUUCAAAGAGUUACCGGCCGAUAUUCUCCACUUCUUGGGGUUGAACGCUCAGCCAAGCUCGUAUCCCCCAUUCACCGACAUCAUCAAGCAGAAUUCUCAGGGCCGAGAGCUGUUUUUCAUCGUGCGCGGCGAAGUUGAAGUGGUCACAGAACGUCGCGGGCAGAGUCAAGCCCAUCACCGUCAGUCCAUGGCUAACGAUCAUCCUGAGGUUGAGAUCAAAGCCCGGCUGAGGCAAGGCCAGUAUUUUGGAGAAGUAGUCAGUUUGUCGCUUGCACCCCGAAGAACAGCCACAGUCCGAUCUGUUUCCUCGGUUGAGUGUUUGAUGCUUAGCGGCGAUGUGCUCGCCAAGUUCUGGGAGAUGUGCCCCCGAGAUGUGCGUGACCAAGUUGAGCGCACGGCUCAAGAAAGACUCAACGCUGCUGCGGACGGCGAUGUGAUCAUGACGGAUGCAUCUGAGGAGCAACCUCCGAUGGGAAAUCUUCACGUCAAUGACAGAGUCAGAAUCACGGCAGCCCGGCGGCGAUCAAUGCCCUUGUUGACCUUGACAGAGACAGAGCUCGACGGUCCCCACCAAUCGGCAUCAGGCGAGGAUCAAGAUCAGGCGGUUCUGAGGCCCUCGGACCCAGAUCCCUACCUGAGCCUCGGAUUGGACAAGGUCCGUCUUCGAAGCCGUCGUGGCUCACUAGCACCGCUAAAUCCAGAGGAGAUCACGGGCGAGGAGUCGCCUGUACAUUCAGGUAUAUCACAGUCUGUCGGCUCCUCAUCAGAUCUUGCUCUCCCCGAUGCUCACAGUCUAUCGAAACCUUAUCAAAGAACCCGCCAACUGGGAGAUGCUUCCCACGGUAUUUUCCCGGACAAUAUUCUGCUCAGAAUAUUCCAAUUCUUGGAAUUACAUGAGCUCAUUCGACUUCGUGGAGUGUCCUCUCAUUGGUCUGAAAUUUUGAACACUUCAGACAAAAUUGUGCGGGAUUUGGAUUUGAGCAUAUACAACCGCCGUAUCACGGAUGACAUUCUUGUCAAGAUCAUUUGCCCAUUUGUUGGAAAUCGACCUCGCACCGUCAACAUCAACAACUGCUUUCACAUCACCGACGAAGGUUUCAACGCAUUGGUGAAGACCUGUGCGGCUACUUCAGCUGUAUGGCGGAUGAAAAGUGUAUGGGAUGUGACCGCGUCUGCGAUACUUGAGAUGUCCAGCAAGGCUGUUGAUCUCGAAGAAGUGGAGUUCAGCAAUUGCCGAAAAGUUGGAGACACCCUCAUGGCGCGGAUCAUCGGGUGGGUGGUGCCUAACCAAAAGUCCAACGAAAGCAAAACAUCAUCCAUCAAGCCAACUUUCCAAACCGCAGAGGCUACAGUCUAUGGCUGCCCGAAGCUGAAAAAGCUCACCCUUUCAUACUGCAAGCAUGUCACAGACAGGUCUAUGCACCACAUCGCAUCUCAUGCCGCUAAACGUAUUGAAGAAAUGGACCUGACCCGAUGCACUACCAUCACGGACCAGGGGUUCCAAUACUGGGGCAAUGCACGUUUCACUAAGCUACGGAGACUCUGUCUGGCAGAUUGCACAUAUCUGACAGACAACGCGAUUGUACACCUUACAAAUGCUGCCAAGCAGCUACAAGAACUCGACUUGUCAUUCUGUUGCGCGCUUUCCGACACAGCAACCGAGGUCCUUGCGCUUCAGUGCUCCCAACUUCAGUAUCUGAACAUGUCAUUCUGCGGCUCAGCUAUCUCCGAUCCGUCCCUGCGGAGCAUCGGGCUUCAUCUGCUUUCACUGAAACACCUAUCAGUACGGGGAUGCGUCCGUGUUACCGGAGUCGGCGUUGAAGCUGUCGCGGAAGGCUGUCAUCAAUUACAAACCUUUGAUGUGAGCCAGUGCAAGAAUCUGACGCCGUGGUUCGAGGAUGACGGUCCAAUGCGAUAUCAGCCACGCAUUGAAUUUGAGUUUGUUGCUUCCAACGGGAAGAAUUUCAGAUGA